AUGAUGGCGGACAGUGGCUACUACGAUAGGCUGCUAAGCGACGCUGCCAAGGCCAAAGUAUACAUGAACAACAACUAUGGUAUGAUGGAUUUUUUGAGUUCGAUCAGUCCAAUUGAUGGCAAGCCCCCUAGUAAAGUUUUGGGUACGGAUCUAACAUCUUAUGGCGUAGACUUUGAUUUUGCUGAAUCGCACUUCCCCUUCUAUAUUACUCCGUGGAAUGUAGAUAAAAUUAAACACGACUUAAGAUUCUACAAAUCCAAGUGCUAUCUUCAAGCCAGGCCUCCAAAGAAUAAUCACAUGGCCGACUUCAAUAUAGAUUCUCUUUUUUACAUUUUCUACAAUUUGCCUGGGGAUAUCCUCCACGGAUAUGCUGCUAUAGAGCUAUACAAUUCAAAUUGGGUAUUUAAUAUACACUACAAAUUAUGGCUCACAAAUAAACAUCCAAAUGGAAAUGCACAUGGAGCUUCGUCCCAGUCCCCUUCACAACUGUACAUAUGGACCUACUUUGACCCAUACCAAUGGGAUUUCAAAAUAUUUCCGGGUAUCAUCAGCAAGCAACAUUUUCUAUCGGUGGAUGAGCUAAGACUGUCGCUUUUCAUCAACAACGAGGACCCGCCAAAGGUCAACGGGCAGGCGCCACUCAAUUUUCAGUUGAACAUGGAUAAUAAUUUUUAA